GCCACCGACAGCCCCCGUCCCGGCUCCACGCAACGAAUCAUUCGCCUGCACCUCACGUGUCCCGUCGCUGCCGGUGUGGUUGAUUGGUUCGUUGCGUUGCAUGCUGUCGUUGUCGUUGGCCGCGCCGAGCUGAGCGGAGACAAGGAGAGGAAGCGCCUGACUGCCGAGCUGACAUUUGCCGGAUCCCGAGAGCACCGUUCUUCCUCGGUUGAUUACUCUUCCUCCCGGUGGAUUAGCUAACCGAUUGAGCUGAUUAGCUCGAGCGCGCGGCAUAAAGACCGUCCUUUCCUCCCGUGCUUGCUCUAAGCAAAAGCGGAGCGAAACCAGAAAAAAGGAAAGAAAAAGUUGGGUUUUUUUUAAUUAGGAGGUAGUGGUCGCAGUAAUCAUGGGUUCAUAAAAGUUGGAUAUGUCCGAGCUGAGGCGGAUUGGAUCCCCGUCGCGACGUGAUGGUUUCGUUGAUGAGGUGAGGUGACGUGGGGGAGCCAAAGCCAAGAACCGGCGGCGUUUGAGGUGGGUUGUGCCGCGAGGUGGCAAUGGCGCCGUGGUGGGGGCGGGAGGCGCGGGGAGGGGGCGGGACGUCGGUGGUGGUGAAGAUGGAGAGCCCGGACUGGGCCGUCCCGGAGUCGGAGGCGUCGGCGGGGGGUAAGGCGGGGCGCGGCAAAAACGCGCGCCAGAUCACGUGGGUGUUGCUGCUCAAGGCGCACCGCGCCGCGGGGAAGCUUACGGGCGCGGCCUCCGCCGCGCUCUCCGUGGCGGCCGCCGCGCGGAGGCGGGUGGCUACCGGGCGGACUGACUCCGACGCCCCGCUCGGGGAGAGCCCGGUCCUGCGCACCAGGUUCUACGGCUGCCUCCGCGCCUUCGUCGUCCUGUCCAUGCUCCUCCUCGCCAUCGACGUCGCCGCGCACCUCCAGGGCUGGCACCUCGCCGUCGACGUCCCCGACCUGCUCGCCGUCGAGGGGCUCUUCGCUGCUGCGUACGCGUCCUGGGUGCGCGUCCGACUCGAGUACCUCGCGCCAGCGCUGCAGUUCCUGGCCAACGCGUGCGUCGUGCUGUUCUUGUUCCAGAGCGCCGACCGCCUCAUCCUGUGCCUCGGUUGCCUCUGGAUCAAGCUCAAGGGAAUCAAGCCUGUGCCCAAGGCCGGCGGCAAAGCGUCGGACGACGUCGAGGCCGCCGCCGAGGAGUUCCCCAUGGUGCUCGUGCAGAUUCCUAUGUGCAAUGAGAAGGAGGUGUACCAGCAAUCCAUUGGCGCUGUUUGCAGUCUGGACUGGCCAAGGUCAAACUUCUUGGUGCAGGUGCUGGACGAUUCUGAUGAUGCUGCCACGUCAGCUCUUAUUAAGGAGGAGGUGGAGAAGUGGCAACGUGAGGGCGUUUGCAUAUUAUACCGACAUCGGGUGAUCCGUGAUGGCUACAAGGCUGGAAAUCUCAAGUCAGCCAUGAACUGCAGCUAUGUAAAAGAUUACGAGUUUGUUGUUAUCUUUGAUGCUGACUUUCAACCCCAACCAGACUUCCUGAAGCGAACUGUGCCCCAUUUCAAGGGCAAUGAAGAUGUUGGAUUAGUUCAGGUAAGGUGGUCAUUUGUGAACAAGGACGAGAACUUGUUAACUAGACUGCAAAACAUAAACCUGUGCUUCCACUUUGAGGUGGAGCAGCAGGUUAAUGGUAUCUUCCUCAAUUUCUUUGGGUUCAAUGGAACCGCUGGAGUGUGGAGAAUAAAGGCACUUGAGGAUUCUGGUGGGUGGAUGGAGAGGACGACAGUGGAGGACAUGGAUAUUGCUGUCCGAGCACACCUCAAGGGCUGGAAGUUUCUGUUCCUUAACGAUGUUGAGUGCCAAUGUGAAUUGCCAGAGUCAUAUGAAGCAUACCGAAAGCAGCAACAUCGAUGGCAUUCUGGUCCCAUGCAGUUGUUUAGACUCUGCUUUGUAGAUAUUAUUAAAUCAAAGAUUGGAUUUUGGAAGAAGUUCAACCUCAUAUUUCUUUUCUUUCUCCUUCGCAAACUUAUUUUACCCUUCUACUCCUUCACUCUUUUCUGCAUCAUCCUUCCCAUGACAAUGUUUAUUCCUGAAGCUGAGCUCCCUGCUUGGGUUGUGUGCUACAUUCCGGCAACCAUGUCCUUACUGAACAUCCUCCCAGCCCCCAAAUCCUUUCCGUUUAUUGUUCCCUAUCUUCUAUUUGAGAAUACGAUGUCAGUAACAAAAUUCAACGCCAUGAUUUCUGGCUUGUUCCAGCUCGGGAGUGCCUAUGAGUGGGUUGUCACCAAGAAAUCAGGCCGUUCUUCCGAGGGAGAUCUUGUUGCCCUUGUCGAGAAGCAGUCUAAGCAACAGAGAGUAGGGUCUGCACCCAAUCUCGACUCCCUAGCGAGGGAGGAGUCUCAUCUCAAAAAGGAUUCCAAAAAGAAGAGACACAAUAGGAUAUACAGGAAGGAACUAGCACUCUCCUUCCUUCUCUUAACAGCAGCAGCUCGCAGCCUGCUUUCGGUGCAAGGCAUACAUUUCUACUUCCUUCUGUUCCAAGGGGUCUCAUUCUUGGUCGUUGGUCUCGAUCUAAUCGGCGAGCAAGUCGAGUGAUACAAUACAAGGAACGUGAUGGAUUUCUUUUUGCUGUGAGGGGGGUAAAGCCAUCAAAGAGCACUUCUGGUAAAGGGAAGAACAGUACAUGAUUUGAUGCAUACACGACUACACGAGAAGAUUUGGUCCCACUUAUUGGGGGUUAUAGUUCGUCAGACACUGAAAUGUGGAAUUGUAGAUAUAUGACUUGGGAGUUGGGAACUGGGUCUGUGAGUAGUCUUGGAGGUCGAAUUCUUUUGUAAGAAUCUUCAGUGGUUAGAUGGGUUCUUUUUUGCUUACUCUACAUUUACCUUCAAAGGGAUAUACUGUAGUUUUCCAUGUACUUUGGCCACUUGCUACGAACGCAUACUGAAUUACUGAUA